CGAUAUAAUACAAACGUACACGUUCGACGCUAUAUCGCAAUUUAGUGAUAUCAAAGCUGCGCCUCGUGACGUACAUACGCGGUAAUUUGGUUUUGAAAAAAAAAUGCGUCUUAAAAAACGAAAAUUUUCGGAAAAAAACGUUUCUCAAUUUUUUUCGUAAAACGAUUAUGGGAUUAGCGGAAUUAGUGUUAACCGGAUUAGCUGCCCUCUGUCUUAACUCGACCUGCGUGCAAGACCAGCCCAGUUUUAUAACUAAACGAUACGAAAAACUUAAAGAAGAACUAAAAAACGAAACGCUUAUUGUCACAACUUUAAAGAAUGGUCCUUUGAGUGGAUACAAGAUAGUAGAUGGGUCGCCCAUAGGUACAGGGGUGGCCUUCGAUAUCCUCCAUAUCUUACAAGACGAAUACGGCUUUAAAUAUGAACUUAAAAUCCCGUCCGGUGACAUGUUCGACUCUGAUAGUAAUGGAAAGGGGGGUGUGAGAAAUAUGUUGAUUAAUCAGACGGUAGAUGUGGCAGUGGCAUUUCUACCGCAACAGUACGACGAUUUGGUAUCUUAUUCCAGAAGUCUGGACACUGCCCAAUGGGUGGUAUUGAUGAAAAGACCCAAAGAAUCUGCGUCUGGCUCGGGUCUUUUGGCCCCAUUUACUGGAACAGUCUGGACUUUGAUAAUCAUUUCAUUGUUGGCCGUAGGCCCGAUUUUGUGGCUGGUAGUUUUGUUAAGAGCGAGAAUGUGCAAGGAAGACAACGAUAUCGUUUUCUCUUUACCUUCCUGCAUGUGGUUCGUUUAUGGAGCGCUUUUGAAGCAAGGAUCCACUCUUAGUCCAAAAACAGACUCUUCGCGGAUUCUCUUUUCCACCUGGUGGAUAUUCAUAACAAUAUUGACGGCGUUUUAUACAGCCAACUUGACGGCCUUUCUAACGCUAUCGAAAUUCACUUUGCCCAUAGAGUCUCCGAAUGAUAUCAGUAGUAAACGGUACAAGUGGCUUACAAAUAAGGGCAAUGGAAUUUUGGAGCAGUUGGAAACCUCUAAAAAGUUUUCCAUAGGAGACGGAAAGAGUUUGUUUGAGGAAAUUGGUCUACCCAAAGUACAGGUAGAUGCCGAAGAAGAGACCAUCCUAAACAAGUACAUAUCCAAACAAAACUAUAUGUACAUUAGAGAAAAAACAGUUCUAGAGCUAAUCAUGUACGACGAUUACAAAAGAAAAGUAAACACCAACAUCGAGGAGAGUGAGAGAUGCACUUAUGUCAUCACCACUUUUCCUGUAUGCGUCUUUCCCAGAUCAUUUGCGUUCAAGCCAGGCUUUAAGUACAAGGAAAUAUUUGAUCAAACAAUUCAACAUUUAAGCGAAUCGGGCAUAACGGAGUUUAAACAACGAGAAUUUUUACCAGACACGACUAUCUGUCCCCUAAAUUUGGGCAGUAAAGAGCGUAAACUUCGAAAUUCCGACUUGAUGAUGACUUAUAUGAUAGUGGGAGGCGGACUGAUUAUUUCCACCAUAAUAUUCGCCAUAGAAUUACUAAUUGUCUAUGUGAAACGAGACAAUUGUUGCCAAAAACAACACGGCAGAUCGACGCAGUUAUUUUCGAAGAGUUACAAAGUCCAGUAUCAUGGUCAACCGUUUGUGACUCCUCCCCCGUCUUACCACACGCUGUUUAGUAAACCACCGAUAGCACCAGGGAGCGAGUGUAAGAAGGAAGUGAUCAACGGAAGACAAUAUUGGGUGAUAAAUGAUAAGAAUGGGCUUACCUCGCUUAUACCACAAAGGGCUCCGUCUGCCUUAUUGUUUCAGUACACCCAAUAAAAAUAGGUGCACGUUUGGGUUUUUUUAGAUUAGGAUUGAAAAAAAACGACACUUUGUUAUCGAUUUUCUCUUUUUCACAUACAGGGUUAAAGGUGUAUUAACAGUGUAAAAUUUAUAAGAAGUUUCUUUGAUUUUAUUAUAAAAUAAGUACACGUUGACUGCCAUCAUACAAAUGUUUUUUAGUACUUUCUUAAUGUAUCUAUAUCUUUUUUGAUGCACAUGUGGUACAUGCGGCCCGCUAAGCUAAUUUGGAUUAUUAACAUGACUUGGAAAAAGUUGAGAUCGGAUUUUUUUUUAUAAUAAAACCUUUCCGUUAUAUUAAUUAAAUUAAUACCCGCUAACAUUAGUAUUUAUUUCAAUAUAUCUAUAUAUUUUUUUUAAAUAAAAUUAAAACGCUAAAUACAUUUUCUCGUUUAUCAGAUUUUAAUCUGCCUCAUGUUACGGGGAGUAAGAAGAACGAUCUGCUUUUACCAAUUAAAGUGAACUCUCCAACUGUGCGAAUUAUUCUUGAUACAUUUUCCUAUUUCAAAUUUCACUACAUAACUUCAGGAUAACUUAAGGAUUGAUGAUCCUCUAUUCUUAUGUAAACUUUCCCUUAAUGUGCAGCCAUUAACAAUAAACAUCUAAAUUCUCCUUUUUUUAGUAUGUGUAAUCUAUAUAUUAAAAUACAGGAUUGUAAUUUGUUUAUAGUUCGGUGAAAUAAUUUACAUUUAAGAUUGUACUACGAUUAGUUGACCCAGUGUAAUAUAAUCUGUAAAGUUCAAACAAAUAAAUAAACUCCUGGAAUAGCUAUAGGAAAUGAAUAUAUUCCUGGUACAGCUGCCUCAAACAUGCUGGAUUAUAAAACUGUUUAGUAUGUCUUACUAUGAACCCACACUUUGUUUGUAAUGUAUUUAUAAGGAGGCAUAAAUGUUAUCAAAGACCACUCUUAAGUAAGUAAUCUCAUUGACGCGUUUAAGCAACAAUUAAUAUGGAAUUUGUGCGGAUAUAUGAUACUGUAUACAUAUGUAUAUCCUAUGUUAUGAAAAAACCACACAUUUACCUAUAUUAUUGUACAUUUUAUUCUUGAUUGACCACUGAAUGACACUAUCUAUAUGGGACUAUCUAUAUGUUUGGGACUAUAGGCUAUAACUGCAUUUAUGUAAAGAAUUAUGAUAGUAUAUACAUAUGGACCCGUUCACUAAUCUCGACAUUUUCUGCAUUGAACUGAACAAUCUUAAAAGUCAAUUGCUUUUUAUCAAUAUGGGUCAAGUGAACUGUUUGCAAUUUAUGUAUUGUACAACAAUUGUGAGUUCAUACAUACUGAUUGUUGUAACUGUUGUUGAUUUAUCGUUUUUUUGUUCCAUUAAUUGUUGUCUACAUUUAAAUAAAUCAAAAGCUUUUAAAUCGAAUUUCAAGGUGUGACACGUAUGUGGGUCAUACAAUCAUAUGGCAGUUAACGUUUGAUUUAUAGUCAAUUCAGAAGUAAAAAGUUUUCGUUUUUUUUUUCACAUUGCCGAACAUACUGUAUAUUUAUAUAUGUUUAUUUUGCACAAUCAAAUAUAUAUUUUUUUGACGUC